AUGGCCAAGGGGAAAGCAAAAGGCCCAAAAGGGAAAAGGAUCACCUUGAAAAUGGCCAAAAAUGCAAUCCGGAUAACUUUUGAUGGAAAGCGCCGUCUUGACUUAAGCAAAAUGGGCAUCACCACCUUCCCCAAGUGCAUUCUGGAACUGGAUUUUGUGGAGGAAAUUGAUUUGAGCAGAAACAUGUUAAAAAACAUUCCAAGCACCAUUGAGAAGUUCCAGAAUCUGCGAUGGCUGGACCUGCACAGUAAUCAGCUUGAGGAGCUGCCCAAGACAAUAGGCACACUUCAGAAGCUUUCAUACCUGAAUAUAUGCAACAACAAGUUGACCACAGAAGAUCUGCCAGAAGAGCUGAACCAUCUCAAGAACCUGCAUGUUCUCAACCUUGGCAUGAACUACCUCGACAGUGUUUCCACCGGUCUUGAAGACCUCCAGGAACUUACGGAGUUAGGUCUCUUUGACAAUGCCUUGACCACCAUCCCAGACUUUGUGAAAAACCUCCCCAAACUCGAGAAGCUGAAUGUAAGAGGAAAUCCUUUAGCAGAUGCAACAGAGGAAGAAGAGCAUGUUGAGCCCAUUAAACGUAUAGAAACACUUUAUCUAGUACAAGAAAAAGACCUGUGCUCUUCCUGCCUGAAGAUGUGUCAGGAUGAGAGGGACAAGCUCAACAAGAUAAUAGACGUGACACCUACCCUCUCAAAAAAGCCAAGUUUCCCUUCACUCCUUACGCCAAAUUCCACUGCAAAGGAUAAUCAAGAAGAAUGGAGAGUAAGAAGCAAUCUUGAAGUAGACCAAGACACUCCACAGACCAUGACAUCCGACUCAAGCUAA